AUGCGGGGAAGAGGGAACUCAGCAAUUUGGAAAAUGCUGAAGAGCCUCAUCGCCUACGAUCAGGUAAGCUUUCGUAGGAAACUAACCAAUUGGCCCUCUGGGAUGUUUCCAUCUUUUUCAUACCUUUCCUGGAUCUUUCAACUCCCACUUUCUAUUGUUUCCCUGAGUCAAACAAAAAGUUAUGAAUUCUUUAUUAUCAGUUCCUGCUGAGUCUUCGUAGCUAGGGGUGACUCUUUUAACACUUAACGUAGGGACCGCAGACGAAUUUUCAAAAAAAUUUUUUUCAGCAUUGAGCUUUGUAUGGUUUGAUAGCUGUUUCGAUUCAAAACUCAGAACCGUUUAGUUUUUCGAAAAAGAUUGAGGAUGAAAAAAGUUAUGACGAAAAAUGUGGCGCGCCGCGCACCAUUUUUUUAGUACUGAAAUUUUGGUAUUAUCCAUUUUGACAUUUUUCUCGAUUUUUUUUCUAGAAUAAGUUUUGAUACUGGUCUAUUGUGAUGUAACAAAUCAUAAAAGAGUGCUAAAAUGAUGCUAACCAGCUAGUUUGCCGAAAAAGUCGGUAUUUUCCAGAAAACAAAAAACUGACGCUUGCGGGCAUCGAACUCGCGACCUCAAAAUGAAAUUUCGCAGCGCACGCGCUGCGCCAAGCUGUCAGGUCUAGCGAGGGGAGCCUCCAUCCGUCAUACCCUUGAGCCGUUUGAAUAGCACAGAUUGCCUAUUUCAAAAAUAAAAACUUGAAGUAAUUCAGCUAUUUUUAUCAGAAUAUGUUCGCAAAUCUUUACUCAAACUUUCCGUGAAAAUUCACUUCGAAAAAGCUGUUUUUUUAGUGCUUUUUUCCUCGUUUAACGAUCGCUGCCUUAAAACGGCCCCCGUAAAUUUUUUUGGCAAAGACGAAUUUUUUUAUUUUUAUUCUUUUUAAUUGAAAGAUUUUUUUACUAAUAAAUGUAUAUAAUCGUUUGAAAAAAACCUGCGUUCGACCGCUUUCUGUGUGAUAAAAGCCGCUAAUUUUUAUCCUCUAGUUUCAAGAGCAUUUCUGUGUAUUAAACAACUUUUUUUCAAGCGCAGAUGCUGUGGAGAAAAAAAUUUAAGUAAGCCCAUGGUCUAAAUUUUUGGAAAAAAACAAAAAAACUUGAUUAUAUUCGCUUAUUAACGAUAUUUUUGAAUUAUGACUUUCGGCGCUCCCUAAAAAUUUUUUUGGCAAAGACGAAUUUUUUUAUUUUUAUUAUUUUAAAAUUACCGUUACUUGAAUCAAAAAUCAUUAUAUGAAAAAAAGAAAGAGUGCGUUCGACCUGAAAAACACAUAAAAAAAGCAAAAAAAUGACAAAAAAAUUUUUUUAGUUCCAUUCACGUUUUUGUACGACAUUCCGCGAGAACGCAUCAAAAAAGCGUGAAAUAUUUUUCAAACGAAAGAGGAAGCUUUUCUGUACAUGUGUGUCAAAAUUUAUUAUCCAGUUCCACAUAUUUUACAACUACAACAAAAUGAAAGUUGAAAACCAAAAAAAAGCCACUUUUUCUAUCGCGAAAAGGGGCGUGGCUUUGCGGUCCCUAACUUAACGCUAAUUUUUAAACUUUCUUUUUCAGCCAUUCAAGUCCUACUCCGAGAAGCUUGUUCUAUCAGCAGAUAGAAUGCCGUCUCGCCCAGAAACGCCGUCGUUUCAAGCUCUGGAUGUGGGUCCGGUUAGCCCCAAAGGUAAUACCAAAUCUUUAACUCAGAUUUAAUAUGCGCAUUUAAUGUUUGAUCAUCACUUUUAAUUUCUUAAUUAUGACCUUCUUUCAUAUGGAAGUUAUUUUAUAUUCUAAGAUUUGAAAGUUUGAUAUAGUCUGUGUGCCAACUCAGGCACUCAAAAUUUCUCCCGCGGUGGAAGUUCGCCAUUCCCGCGCGUGAAAAUCGGGAGAACUACGCGACCCGAAAUAUUAAACAGCAUUUAUUACCGCAGAAAUAAAAUAGUAACAAUUUUCGUUGCGAGGCAACAGAAGAGAGGUCAACAAUAAAACUAACUGGGGCAUGGUCUCUUUUGAACAUCAAGUUGAGAAACAGGGUUGAGUAGAACUUUAUUUCUGAUUCCGAGAACUUUUACCUAGGCCUAUUAAAACCCAUAUGGCCUCAAAUCUCAACUCGAUGUUCAGGGAGACCAUACCCUCCCAAGGAAAACAUUGUAGAAAAAAGAAGAUGACGAUUGUAGUAGAUGCAACCAUAUUGCCGAUGAGAGAAAGCUAGUAAUCAUGGAAAACAUAAAUUCCUUUUUUGAGAGAAGACUUGAUACGGCUGUGAGACAGUAGGAGCUGUACCUUUUCUAAUCGCUAGGCAUCAUUUUUGGUCAUGAUUGAAAUUUUUUGAUUUGGUUUUUCCUUUUCGUAUGAGAUGUUUUGUUGAUUUCUUCAGGAAGGUUGUAUGAUCUCUGUUCAGCUGACUAAGCUCGAUCAGAGCGAAAGGCGCACGAUGAAGAACAAACCACUAUGUGGGAACUAUAGAAAGCCCACUGGACUCAGUUCUGCAACCCCUCCGGUGCCUUAAUAUCUUUCUAGAUCUCUACAAAAACACAAGAGCCGUCAAAUUUGAUGAAAUCGAUUUUUACCGAUUUUUGAAAUCAUUGAACGUAUUAUACUGGCGCCUCAAAAUUUCCUUGAAACGUCUAAAAAUAUGAAAAUACUACAAAAUAAGAAAAUAACCACCAUUAAAUGUAUUGCAGAUGUCGUAGAAAUAAAAUGAACUUUUUAAACGUUUACCUUUUAUUUUGAUAUAUAUAAAUAUUUUGAAAUUCUGGAAACAAUUAAACUGAAAUAGAAAAAAAAAUUGCGAAAGGAAACGUUGCGCGCUUCUGAUUACUUGGAUUCAAACUAUCUGCAUGAAUCGCGUUUCCCGCGGUCAUUUCUGGCGGGAGUAGCGCGGCAACCCCGUAAACUUCCCGAAUCACGCGACUUUAAACGCUCAUUUUGCGGGAUUUACCAAAUUUGAUCGACGGGAAAGCCCGAAUGACCAAAGCAACUGAGAACAAGAGAUGCCGUAAUUCACGCGCGCGAGCUCCCGAACGCUCAUUUUUACCUAAUUCCUCCAUCGGGAGAAAAUCUUGAGUGCCUGAGACAACUUAAAAUUUUACGGAACGACAUUUCGCUGUCCCGCUGCGUUUGUUCGCGAACCUUCUCCUGAAUCUAGGUCACGCUUUCAAUUGAUUAUUAUUUAUGUGGGAGCACAUGAAAGUAGAGUACUUUCAUUUCAAUCACUUUAUUUUCGCAACAUCGGGAUGGUGUGGUGAUGUUGCAGGGAGGGAAAAAGACCACUAGGUGGAUUAACUAACCCCACCUGUGAAGAAAAAAAAAAGUUUUUUGUGUGAGAAAAGAAACAUAGAACCAUAAUAAGUAGAUAUUUAAAACCAAGUUGAUCAUGGCACAAAUCUGUGAACACUUGAAAGAAUAUGCUCGACGCCAACAUUUUCUGCAUAAACUAAAAACAUGUCCUUAAAUUUUUUUUUUGUCUUCCUCUGCCAAUAAUUCAUGUUCAAUGUCAUUCCAAACAUUAGUAAUGCGAUGUGAUAAGAAAUUGAAGAAAACCAAUGAAGGUUUCGUUUUUAUUAAUUUAAAACCAUUUCCUCUGAGCUGACUGGGACGGUCAAAGAUGUUAUGUACCUGGAUGGGAGAGUCUGACCAGCACUUAUUAUGCAAAAACUGAUGUGAUAAUACCAGAUCCUUAACUAAACGUCUAAAUCAAAGAGGUUGAAGACCUAAAAGUUUUAACCGUUCAUUAUAUUAUAUUCUUGGAAAAGGCGCUUUGUGAAACGCCUCUAGACAGAUUCUAAUCGAUCAAUAUCUGAUUUUGUCAAUGGAAACAUUAGUUCCGAACCAUACUCUAACAUGAAAAAGUACUUUGGCCUUAUAGAAUUUCAAGAAGUUUUUGUUUCGAGAAGCUAAAACAGCGGAAUAGAUUGUUUGUAAUACGCAUAGUUUUUAACGGUAACUUCAAUAUGAUUAUGCAGGUUAGAUAAAAAAAUAACUCCGAGAUCUUUCAUGCAAUCCUCGUUAUCCACUGUUAUACUAUUAAGCUCGUAACUCGCAACACUUCGAUCUCGUUUCCCAUAACUGACAUUGAGACUUUUAUUUUCUGAAUGAAUGAAACUUAAUACCUAAUUAAAGAAAAAAAUUAGAAGCGCGACCAAGGUUCGCAAAGGUGCGCAGGUGCACAGCGGAAUGUCGUUUGGUGGAAUUCCAAGUCGUGGUACACAGGCUAUAUUCUUUGAGCCUGUUUGAUUGAUUUUUUUGUUUCAGGACCUACAUCAAGAAAGCGACAAAAGAUUGAUCCAGAGCUAGAACCGCUACCUGUAGAUGGAGAUAUAAUGACUCGAUUAGGGCAGUAUGCAUGGUUCUAUACGAAAGGAGGAGACAAUUUACAAAAGAUCGGCUAUCCCGGUGACGAAAGAUCUGGCAAUCACCUACCGUCAUGGGGAAAACAAGAAUUACUUAAAAGGCGAUUCUAUCAAGCUUUCUUCAUAUCAAAACCAGAAAAUGGUUGUUGAUACUUGCGUAGUUCUUGUUGAUGAAGCCCUCGAUUUAAUUGUACUCCAAACAAAAUCCGCCGAACUCUGUGAAAGAGAUUUGAUCAAAGAAGCAGUCAAGCCGCACAGAGGAAUGAAAUACACUUUGGUACGUUUAACUAUAGUCAAUCUACAGUGAAGUUGCUAAUCGGGGUAAACAGCAAGUAGAGUUCUCAAAAAUAAAUGUUUGACGAACGUUCAACCGAACAUUUGAUGAACUCGACCAAGUAGUUGAAUUUCACAUGAACCGCUCGUUAAAAAAAAUUCAUUUUGGUUAAAUUUCAUAACUGAGCGUUUGGAAAAAAAUGAAAAAAAUUACUUAUUUUUCGAUAUAACUCCGAGAGCCAUCCCGAUAACGAAAGAUCUGGCAAUCACCUACCGUCAUGGGGAAAAACAAGAAUUACUUUAAAAAGGCGAUUCUAUCAAGCUUUCUUCAUAUCAAAAACCAGAUAAUGGUUGUUGAUUUGCGUAGUUCUUGUUGAUGAAGCCCCUCGAUUUAAUUGUACUCCAAACAAAAUCCGCCGAACUCUGUGAAAGAGAUUUGAUCAAAGAAGCAGUCAAGCCGCACAGAGGAAUGAAAUACACUUUGGUACGUUUAACUAUAGUUAGGGACCGCAGACGAAUUUUCAAAAAAUUUUUUUCAGCAUCGAGCUUUGUAUGGUUUGAUAGCUGUUUCGAUUCAAAACUCAGAACCGUUUAGUUUUUCGAAAAAGAUUGAGGAUGAAAAAAAGUUAUGACGAAAAAUGUGGCGCGCCGCGCACCAUUUUUUUAGUACUGAAAUUUUUAGUAUUAUUCAUUUUUUUGACAUUUUUUUCUCGAUUUUUUUCUUCUAGAAAAAAAGUUUUUGAUACUGGUCUAUUAUGAUGUAACAAAUCAUAAUAGAGUGCUAAAAUGAUGCUAAUCAGCUAUUUUGCCGAAAAAAAGUCGGUAUUUUUCCAGAAAAACAAAAAAACUGAUGCUUGCGGGUAUCGAACUCGCGACCUAAAAAUGAAAAAAAUCGCAGCGCACGCACUGCGCCAAGCUGUCAGGUCUAGCGCGGGGAGCUUCCAUCCGCCUUACCCUUGAGCCGUUUAAAUAGCACAGAUUGUCUAUUUCAAAAAGAAAAAAACUUGAAGUAAUUUAGCUAUUUUUUUAUCAGAAUAUGUUCGCAAAUCUUUACUCAAACGUUUCGUGGAAAUUCACUUCGAAAAAAACUGUUUUUUUCAGUGCUUUUUUUGCCUCUUUUAACGAUCGCUGCCUUAAAACGGCCCCGUAAAUUUUUUUGGCAAAGACGAAUUUUUUUAUUUUAUUCUUUUUAAUUGAAAGAUUUUUUUACUAAUAAAUGUAUAUAAUCGUUUGAAAAAAACCUGCGUUCGACCGCUUUCGGUGUGAUAAACGCCGCUAAUUUUUAUUCUCUAGUUUCAAGAGCAUUUUUUUGCGUAUCACAAAAACUUUUUUUCAAGUACAUAUGCUGUGGAGAAAAAAAUUUAAGUAAGCCCAUGGUCUAAAUUUUUGAAAAAAACAAAAAAACUCGAUUAUAUUCGCUUGUUAACGAUAUUUUUGAAUUAUGACUUUCGGCACUCCCUAAAAAUUUUUUUGGCAAAGACGAAUUUUUUUAUUUUUAUUGUUUCAAAAAUUACCGUUACUUGAAUCAAAAAUCAUUAUAUAAAAAAAGAAAGAGUGCGUUCGACCUGAAAAACACAUGAAAAAAAGCAAAAAAAUUACAAAAAUUUUUUUAGUUCCAUUCACGUUUUUUUGUACGACAUUCCGCGAGAACGCAUCAAGAAAGCGUGAAAAUAUUUUUUUAAACGAAAGAGGAAGCUUUUUUCUGUACAUGUGUGUCAAAUUUUAUUCGCCAGUUCCACAUAUUUUUACAACUACAACAAAAUGAAAGUUGAAAACCAAAAAAAGCCACUUUUUUUCUAUCGCGAAAAAGGGGCGUGGCUUUGCGGUCCCUAACUAUAGUCAAUCUACAGUGAAGUUGCUAAUCGGGGUAAACAGCAAGUAGAGUUCUCAAAAAUAAAUGUUUGACGAACGUUCAACCGAACAUUUGAUGAACUCGACCAAGUAGUUGAAUUUCACAUGAACCGCUCGUUAAAAAAUUCAUUUUGGUUAAAUUUCAUAACUGAGCGUUUGGAAAAAAAUGAAAAAAAUUACUUAUUUUUCGAAAAAAAAUUUUUGGUUAUAAAAAAAUGAAAAUGAAAAAUUUCAUUUUUGAAAAGUUUGGUCAUUAAGGCGAAUAUUUAUUUACUAGUCAGAAUGUGAUCGUUUAGAAAAUGACUAUUUAUUUUUUUCGGUCAUAAUUUGAAACGUCACAAAAUGAAAAAGAAUGAAAGUGAUCAAUUUUUGAUUGAUCUUUCAAACACGACAUUCGGUUAAAAAUGUCAAAAAAAGAAAAUUGCUCGUUUUUUUGAAAAAAAUGUCAUUCUUUUUCAAUUUUUUUCAUUUUGAGAACUCAGCAGGCGUUUUUCACUCUGAAAUACAGUGAGAUAUCGUUACUGACAUAAAAAAAUGAAAACAUGAAAGUUUUGUAUAGACUUUAAGUGUUUUACCUACAACUUCUGAAUGAUUUCAGAUGGGCUAUUCGGUUAUUCAUGGCGGAACAUCACACAUAUCCUUCUCCGCAGGAAUCAUUUCUAGUGAUGUUACAUCACGAUUCCGUUUUCUGGGCUCGAGUGGCUCUUACAAAGGCGAUAGCGGUGGAAGUUAUUGGAGCGAUGAUGGAAGGUUGAUUGGGAUGCAGGUAACCUAAUCGACUUUUUUUCAAAAUUAGGAUCAAGUUUUUUUUUGUUGCGGGAUUAGAGCAGCACGGCAAGAAUUCAGAAACUAAAAUUGCAGGUUGAGACGGAAAUUGUUCCUCAUACAACGUACAAUAAUGAUCGACCGGCAUCGGGUGGACGAUGUGGAAUCAUUCCGAUCACUAAUAUUCAUUCAAGAAUUUUGGUAAGCUUAUAAAUGAUCUUAGGAAUUUUUACAGUCAUAUAAAUAAAUGAUUUAGGAGUUAUUACCGCAAGAAGAAGAAGUCGAUUGGAAUGAAUGA